CCAUGUGUUACUCGUACGGUGUAGGUAGGUACCUACUAAUUCCAUGGUUACCUAGGUACAUGUUUGCCAGCCAUUUUGUCUUCGUCAAAAUGACUGAUCAAAACCAAGCCUAGCAACAUUGUCAAAAUAUCAAUAAAUGCAACAACAAACAUGGGCAACUACAUUAGUAACAUAUAUUCUAAUUUAGGUCGUUUUUUCGAAUAUCCAGUCAAGAGAAAACCUAUAUGUUUUUAUCGCCAAGAAGAUUUCACAGCGACUGCCAAUCUCAGAUCUUCGUGACCACAGGGGACCCCCAGAGGAGGAUGACCAACAUUAUAAACGCUACGAUGACCGACUACGACAAGCUCGUCGACCAAUUCUACAAACGCUUGGCAGAACAACGUCAAUUCAAUCAAGACAUGAAAGAUAAGGACCGCCGCUGGAGCAUGCAAAAGGUGGUAGAGCGGUUCCCGGGUUGGAACGAGGUCACCAUCGCCAACCUCCACAGCCUGUUUCUGCUCUUCGACAACCAGUCCAACGGCAUGCUCGGCUUUGACGACUUUUGUGCGGUGCUGGAAAGCCUGGGCGAGGAGAGUGGUCUGGAUCAACGCAAGGAGAAGUUCAUUGCGGCAGACUCUGACAACGACGGGUGGAUCACAUACGAUGAGUUCUUGUCGUUGGUGUACAACUACGACCAUCAGCCAGCCAACGGUAUCGAGGUGACGGGGCUCGCCAAGCUCUGCAACGACGUCGCCGACAACAUCCAGUUUGUUAGCAACCUCACCGUCGGCGAGCAGCUGGAGUACGGAUUGUUUUGAGCCUCGGUUACACCAGUGGACUUUGACGUUAACUUAAACCUACUUUGCGUUGUUCUGUGCAGGUUAGAGUUUACGUUGACAUUGACCGGUGCAACCCGAAUUGUAACUUUAAUUAGCUACAUUCGUUUGAUUUACAAUAAAACUAAGUACUCAAAUA